AUGGCGGAAGCUCAGGCUUCUGAGAUCGACCAACAGCAGCACCGACCAAUACCGAGACGCUCCCACAAGAAGAGCAAGAGUGGCUGUCGUACCUGUAAGGUGCGGAAGGUGAAGUGCGACGAGCAUCGACCAGCUUGCCAGAAUUGCCAACGCCGCUACCCUAGCAUUGUCUCCUGCGAUUUCGAUGACCAGGAGCCGAAAUUUAGACCAAUUCCGUCGCCAUCAGCCGAAUCUUCUCAUCAGGCACGCACGGGACAGUCUCGCCGCAUCUCCGUACCGGGUGAGCUCACAGUGCGACCCACCGGCUCUACUGGUCGAUUAGCCGAGCCGUUACAAAUACCACUGGAGCUCGCAGCGGAUCGUCUCGAUCCGUUUGAAGCACGGCCUGCUACUCAAGAGCCGGCGCCUAGUGUCGACGCUCUGCUGAGCCAUUAUCUCUCCAAUUUCGCAUAUCGGUCCUUUCCCUUCUAUGCCAGUAGGCCGCUUAUAGAGCUCUGGUGGCCCUUCGUACGCGCGGACGAGGUUCUGUUUCACGUUGUUCUACUUCUGAGCAGUCUGGAUCGAGCGAACUUGCAAGGCUCCAAUGACAGCCUGCAUACGCGGCGCCUGCUCGAUCAAUGCUUGACACUGCUGAAUACCCGGGUGAUGAAUCCGGUCGCUGGCAUCAAUGACCACACGCUCGUGGCUGUAUCCUCCCUGGCUGCUAUGGAACAUGAUCGAGGCAAUAUGCGGGCGCUCGACAUGCACCUUGAGGGGCUGAAACGGAUCGUUGAGCUAAGAGGCGGGCUGAACGUCAUUAGAUCGACCAAUCCCAUGGCUUCGAACAUUGUAUUCUGGUGUGCCAUGGUAUCCAUCAACGAACCGCAGCUAUUGCCAUUGACCUAUGGAGAUGGAGCACGUGGCAUUGCCUCGCUCGAGAACCCUGCAUUGGUUACACUUCUGACCCAUGAUGGUGACGAGAAGAAUCUCCUCGAAUUCGGAGUCGAUGUUACUACUGCGAACAUUCUCCACGAGGUCCAGCGGGUGUCAAGACUCUACACGUCCACGGGUCCAAUAUGGCUGCUCCAAAUGUCGCACACUGCAGCCAGCGACUCUCCGAUACCUGGGCUCUCGCAAAGUUGCCGGCUUGCAGGCUGCCUGCAUGUCUUCACGCCCAUGUCCGGCUACUUCCCCAAUCCGACUCUGAUGCUGCAUACUAUCGUGCGAGACCUCAAAGCCUCUCUCACGCACCUCAUCAGAGCACUUGGAACGCGAAGUCACCUGCUAUUGUGGCUCUUAGCAGUGGGCGGCAUAACUGCACACUAUCGUGCGAGACCUCAAAGCCUCUCUCACGCACCUCAUCAGAGCACUUGGAACGCGAAGUCACCUGCUAUUGUGGCUCUUAGCAGUGGGCGGCAUAACUGCACACUCUAUGCCCGAGAGGGCAUGAGCUGGGAGCUGUGGCACUGGUGCCGUUAG